UUCCACCUUCCUCCAAUCUCUUCACCCUCCUCCGAUCGCCAUCAGCGCCGUGCUCCCUCCUUUCAUCCGGCCACGCCGCCGCGCGCUGCCUCCCUCGACCCCGGCGUCCGGUCCGGUCGGGGCGUGUCCGCUACCCUCCUCGCCCUUCCUUCCUCUGCUCAGGGAGCCUUCGUUGGAACAAUGGAGGAAGGACCAUCUGAUGGUCACACUGUUUUGGGCCCUGGAGAUGCUUACAUCAACAGCUCAACCGCACCUGCGGAUACCACUAGCAGAAGCUCGCCGCAUGUUUCAAGGCUCCAGAAGCUGCUUUAUCGGAGAAUGCUCGUUGGGGUGAACGACGGACGCUAUUUCCUCGGGUUGUUUCACUGCAUCGACAAGCAAGGGAACAUAAUCCUUCAGGACGCGGUGGAGUACCGCAGCGCGCGCCAUUCUUCUUCGUCUCCGAUGGAACAGCGGUGCCUCGGGCUCAUCCUGAUUCCAGCGGCCUGCCGUUCGUCCUGCCAUGUUGAUUGCUUUAUUGAAGAGCAGAUGUCCCUGUUGUCCUUGGACAAGUGAAUGAUGCUUUUGUUUUUUAGUGCUUUCUCAAGCUAUACAGCAUAGAUGAAUCUGUGUCUGGAAAACUUCAUGCUGGGACUUUAUUUGUAAUCAAAUUUUUUUGAAAUUUAUCUGUAAUCAAUUCUGUCAACUGGAGAUCCCUGUUCAUAUUUUGUUAUUUUAACUGGAAUCAUUUCGGUAGCCUGGUAGUCAUAUUUCUGUUCCAUAUGAA